AGGCGCUGGCGGGCCGGUGAAGAUGGCGGAAGGUGGCGGCGCCGAACCGGGGGAGCAGGAGAGGUCCUCUGGGCCGCGGCCCCCGAGCGCGCGGGAUCUGCAGUUGGCCUUGGCAGAAUUAUAUGAAGAUGAAGUGAAAUGCAAAUCUUCCAAAUCUGAUAGACCUAAAGCUACAGUCUUUAAAAGCCCACGAACACCACCUCAAAUGUUCUAUUCAAGUGAACAUGAAUACAGUGGAUUACAUAUAGUUCGACCUUCAACUGGGAAAAUUGUGAAUGAACUUUUCAAAGAGGCAAGAGAACAUGGGGCUGUCCCUCUGAAUGAAGCCACAAGAGCUUCCGGUGAUAACAAAUCUAAGUCAUUUACAGGUGGAGGAUACAGACUGGGUAAUUCCUUUUGUAAGCGGUCUGAAUACAUCUAUGGAGAAAAUCAACUGCAAGAUGUUCAGAUUUUGCUUAAACUAUGGAGCAAUGGUUUCAGUUUAGAUGAUGGAGAACUGAGACCUUAUAAUGACCCACCAAAUGCUCAAUUUCUGGAGUCUGUUAAAAGAGGAGAGAUUCCCCUGGAGCUUCAGCGGCUGGUUCAUGGUGGCCACGUGAAUUUGGAUAUGGAGGACCAUCAGGAUCAAGAAUACAUAAAACCUAGAUUGAGGUUCAAGGCUUUUAGUGGAGAAGGACAAAAGCUUGGAAGCCUUACCCCUGAAAUAGUCAGUACACCUUCAUCCCCAGAAGAGGAGAAUAAGUCAAUACUUAAUGCAGUUGUUCUUAUUGAUGAUUCCGUGCCAACGACAAAAAUUCAAAUCAGAUUAGCGGAUGGGAGUCGUUUGAUACAAAGAUUCAAUAGUACACACAGGAUCCUGGAUGUCCGGGACUUUAUUAUACAGUCCCGUCCUGAAUUUGCGACUCUUGACUUUAUUCUUGUGACUUCAUUUCCAAAUAAAGAGCUAACAGAUGAAAGCCUGACACUUCAAGAAGCAGAUAUUCUUAACACUGUGAUACUCCAGCAACUAAAAUAAUACUGCUCCUAUCCAUGCAGUAGCAUGUAGGAAAGAUAAUGUGCCAUAAUAAUAAGGAAAAUACGUAGAGCAUUAAGAAAACAAACUAUUUUUAUUAUUUAUACAGAUAAAUUUCGGUUUUAUUCUUAUUCCGUCUUCCAGCCUUAGUAUAGAUGAAUGUGGACCAGGAAUAGAUUUUGAGAUAAAUAUAUUUGAGUUUUUAGUUGCAGGGCUGGUUUAUGUUGAUAGCUUGUAAAUAUUCAGGCAAACCAAUUUGUUACAUGCUCUGGGUUAAUGUAACAACACUUGUUUGCAGAGGAAAUGAACAGAACCCCAUUUUGAUAAAUGCAUUUGGUAAAAUUUGCACUAAAGUUUCUUGAUGGUGCAUUGAUCAACAGCUAUCAGGAAAUCCUCUGAUCAAACUGGAAUUUUUUCUGUGAUAUAUACUGAAAAGUAUCUGUAUUCUAAUUUUGAAAUACGUUGAUCAUAUAAUUAUUCCUCCUAUUAAGAUUGUAUGUGUCCUUUUUACUUACUGAUUUAGCUACAUUACUAGUGUCAAAAAAUACGGUUUGGCCUUGUAUUUUACAGAACUAUGACCAUCAUAAACCAGAAACAAGGACAGAAAAGUCAGCAGUUCUUGAGAAGAUCCGUUAAACAGCACUUUAAAAUAGAGUAAUUGCAAUCCCUUCCAGAGCCUGCCUUGAUCACAUUCAUUUAUUUAUUCAACACAUUUUUCUAAGGGACCCACUAUAUAUACUGAACACUGUUCUAAGUGUUCAACCCAGAAUGUAUUCUACUCCAGGGCAAAAUGAGUGUACAAAUUCAAAAAUGUAAAUUCUGUCAGCCAGACUGGAUCUAAAGAAUAACCAGCAAAAAUAUUUGCAUUUCUGCCAAAGCCAGGUAUUUCCUGAAUGAGGUAGGCUAUAUCAGGAAUGAUAGAAAGGCUUUUUCUUCCUCUGAGAUAACAUUUCAUCUUUGGUCACAUGCCUGGUAGUUUUUCUGUAGCUGCUGUAACAAAUUACUACAAACUU